AUGUUUAGUAACUUAACGCACCACGAAAAACAGGCGUUCUUCUCCUUACUGGAUGAAUACUUCGAAUCUCGUCCGCAUCUCCUCGGAACAGGGGAUAAGGCCCUUGAAAAUGCUGCGGCUGCGGCUGCUCCUGCAGUAUCUGCUGUGACAAAGGCUGUUGCGAGGAAUCCACAAGCAGCAAGUUCGUUAGUAAAUGCUGGCGUGAGAUCCUUCAAUCAGAAUCGUGAGCAGGGGCCGAAGGAUGGCAGAACGGAUUCCAACAACGAAGCCCACACCAAUUCCAAUUCCAAUUCCAAUGCGCCUUCAUGGGGCAUAGGGCGCGUGGCAGCGGCGGCCUCCAAUUUUACAGGGAAGGGGUUCAAUCCUUUUCACCCUUCUGCCUCGCAGUCACAACAAUCCACAACCUCUUCUGAUGCACAGUCGAUAACUCCCAAACCACCCGCUGCUCAUGCUGUUCCUUCGCCUAAUUUUGCGUCUAGACCUGGAGGGGGACCUCCGGCUGCCGACGCGACUUCCUCGGCUUCCUCUAAUGGGAGGCCGGGCGUCGGUGGCCUUGUAACUAAGAAGGCCAUCGGAGACGUGAACACAUCGUCUACUGGAGCAAUAUUUGCUUCUGCUCUUCCAAAGAAGCUCUUUGGGAGUCCUGAGCCUCGACCGAGUGCCACGAUAUCUCCUGCGUUUCCGAAGAAGUUGGGCAGCUCGAUGUAUCCACCUCCGCCUGCAAGGAAGUUACGCCCGAUCAGGCCCCUGAACCUGAAGAGGAGCAGGAAGAGGAAGAAGGACGUUGGGGAUUUAAGCUUGAAGGAAGGACAACGUGUCAAGGUGCUUGAACAUACAUCUGAAGACUGGUGGAAGGGUGAAGCUGAUGGGAAGCGAGGCAUUUUCCCGGCUUCUUAUGUCCAAAUUGUCUGA